AUGUAUGUUGUCAAGCGUGAUGGCCGCCACGAGCCGGUUCUCUUCGACAAGAUCACCAACCGUGUUGAAAAGCUUUCCUUUGGCCUCAACCGCGACUAUGUCGAGCCGGUCGAAAUCACCAAGAAGGUCAUGGCCGGCGUAUACAGCGGCGUGCACACCACUCAGCUCGACCAGCUCGCGGCCGAGACCGCCGCCUCCUUCACCACCCGCCACCCUGACUACGCCAUUCUUGCCGCCCGCAUCUCAGUCUCCAACCUCCAUAAGCAGACCAACAAGUCUUUCAGCCAGACCAUGAAGGCACUCCACGAGUACGUCAACCCCAAGACUGGCAAGCUGGCUCCCCUCGUCUCCGACGAGACCUGGGCUGUCAUUGAGAAGAACAAGGAGCUUUUGGACAGCCACGUGAUCUAUGAUCGUGACUUCAACUUCAACUUUUUUGGGUUCAAGACGCUCGAGCGCUCUUACCUUCUCAAGAUCAACGGCCAGGUCGUUGAACGCCCCCAACACAUGUUCAUGCGUGUCUCAGUUGGCAUUCACGGCGACAACUUGGAUGCCGUCCUCGAAACCUACAACCACAUGUCCCAGGGCCUCUUCACCCACGCCUCACCCACCCUCUUCAACUCGGGCACCCCCCUGGCUCAGCUCUCCAGCUGCUUCCUGGUGUCCAUGAAGGACGACUCCAUCAAGGGCAUCUAUGACACCCUUACUACCUGCGCCAUGAUCUCCAAGACGGCUGGUGGCGUCGGCCUCAGCAUUCACAACGUGCGCGCCUCGGGCAGCUACAUUGCCGGCACCAACGGCGAGUCCAAUGGCUUGGUGCCCAUGCUCCGCGUCUACAACAACACGGCCCGCUAUGUGGACCAGGGUGGCAACAAGCGUCCUGGUGCCUUUGCCGUCUAUCUCGAGCCCUGGCACGCGGAUGUCUUUGAGUUUUUGGACCUCAAGAAGAACCAUGGCUCGGACGAGCUGCGCGCCCGCGACCUCUUUUACGCCCUUUGGGUGCCCGACCUCUUUAUGAAGCGCGUCGAGCGCAACGAGCAGUGGACCCUCAUGUGCCCCCACGAGUGCCCCGGCCUCGCCGACUGCUAUGGCGCCGAGUUUGAGGCCCUCUAUGAGCGCUAUGAGCGCGAGGGUCGUGGCCGCAAGACCAUUGAUGCCCAAAAGCUCUGGUUUGCCAUUCUCGAGUCUCAGACGGAGACUGGCACCCCCUACAUGCUCUACAAGGAUGCCUGCAACGAGAAGUCCAACCAGAAGAACCUGGGCACGAUUCGUUGCAGCAACCUUUGCACCGAGAUUGUUGAGUACUCUGCCCCUGAUGAGGUGGCCGUCUGCAACCUGGCCUCUCUGGCCCUGCCCAAGUUUGUCAACGAGGACACGCGCACAUACGAUUUUGAGCGUCUGCACGACGUGGUCAAGAUUGUGACACGUAACCUCAACCGCAUCAUUGACAUCAACUACUACCCCGUCCCUGAGGCCAAGAACAGCAACAUGCGUCACCGCCCCAUUGGCAUUGGAGUUCAGGGUCUGGCUGAUGCCUUUAUCCUCAUGCGCCUGCCUUUUGACAGCCCCGAGGCGCGCGAUCUGAACAAGCGCAUCUUUGAGACCAUUUACCAUGCUGCCCUCGAGGCCUCGUGUGAGAUUGCUCAGCGCGAUGGUCCCUACAAGACGUACGAAGGCUCGCCCGUUUCGCAGGGCACGCUGCAGUACGACAUGUGGGGCAUCACCCCCACUGACCAGUGGGACUGGGCAGCCCUCAAGGCGAAGAUUGCCGAGCAUGGCGUGCGCAACUCGCUUCUGGUGGCUCCCAUGCCCACGGCCUCCACCGCCCAGAUUCUGGGCAACAACGAGUCGAUUGAGCCGUACACGAGCAACAUCUACUCGCGCCGUGUGCUCUCUGGUGAUUUCCAGGUGGUGAACAAGCACCUGCUCAAGGACUUGGUGGAGCUGGGCAUCUGGUCCAACGACAUUAAGCAGCAGAUUAUUCUCAACAACGGUUCCAUUCAGGCCAUUGCUGGCAUCCCGGAUGACAUCAAGGCUCUGUACAAGACGGUGUGGGAGCUGUCACAGCGCACCCUUAUUGAUCUGGCGGCCGACCGUGGCGCCUUUAUUGAUCAAUCUCAAUCCUUCAACGUCCACAUGGGUGAGCCCAACUUUGGCAAGCUUACCAGCAUGCACUUUUAUGCUUGGAAGCAGGGCCUCAAGACGGGCAUGUACUACCUCCGCACCCGCGCCGCCGCCUCAGCCAUCAAGUUUACCAUUGAUGCCACCAAGGCCAAGGAACAGCAGGAGAAGGAGGAAGCGGCCAUGGUCUGCUCCCUUACCAACCCCGAGGGCUGCCUCAUGUGCUCAGCGUAAUAUGGCGUUGGCUCACAGCCCUUGGUGGCUGGUAUUGGUAUGAGUCCGGUCUUGCUGCGCCAUGGCUGUGCCUGUGCUGCCGCGAGGCCAGAGCAGACGCACGCGCAUGUGUGCGUGUGUUCUUGUAUGUUUGAUGUGUUUGAAUGAGUUGUGACCCAUUCUGUUUUUUGCUUAAUGUCCUGGAGUAUGUGUUUCUCUGUCUGUGCUUGUGUGGUCGUGUCAGUUUAGACUGACUACCAUCGAUUUGUGCAUCCCUCUAUCUGGCAGCGUUGUGUGCUGUAGCAGGCCCUCCAUGCAGGCCCUCCAUGUGUGUAUAAUGACUUUGGAUCUGUGUUGGUGCAGAACGAGGGACGGUUACUUUUUUUUUUUUAAUCCCUGGUGUUGUUCUUUUUUGUUUCGCUUAUCGUUUCGUUGUUUGUUUGUCGCCUGACUGGACCGGCAGUCGGGAAAAUAUUUGUGAGGUGGUGUCUUCCCCUUUCGGGUGUGAUGCGCGUAUGUCAUGAAAAGCGCGCGUGCAAAAAGGAGUGGUGACAAUUAAUGCUAAACUUG